CAUCGACGAGUCGCCAGGUUUCGUAUCCUUGAAUCGACCGACGAGCGACCUCGUUUUCGGUUGCCGGCGCCCGUCCACCCCCUACAUUCCUCCCCCGGUGCCGGUGACUACAACCCUUCACCAUUUGACAAACAGGACCAGCGCGUGACGACACCUCCAGAGCCUCACGUCGAGUUCGAGGACAUCGCCAAGAGCUACGAUGGCCGUGUCCUGGCCGUUCAGGGGCUGAACCUCGCGGUGCGACGGGGCGAGUUCCUGAGCCUGCUCGGGCCGUCCGGGUCCGGGAAGACGACGUGCCUGAUGAUGCUGGCCGGUUUCGAGACCCCGACCACGGGCGCCAUCCGCAUCAACGGACGCUCCGUCCACGCGUUGCCGCCCCGCAAGCGGGGCAUCGGCAUGGUGUUCCAGGACUACGCGCUCUUUCCCCACAUGACCGUGGAGGACAACCUCGCCUUCCCGCUGGAUGUGCGCGGCAUCGGCCGCGAGCGGCGCGGCGAGCUGGUCGACCGGGCCCUUCAGCUGGUCCGGCUGGAGGGCUUCCAGAUGCGCAGGCCCGGGCAGCUCUCGGGAGGUCAGCAGCAGCGCGUGGCCAUCGCCCGCGCUCUCGUGUUCGAACCGGAGCUCGUGUUGAUGGACGAGCCCCUGGGUGCCCUGGACCGCCAUCUGCGUGAGGAGAUGCAGUACGAGAUCCGCCGCAUCCACCGGACGCUCGGCGUGACCAUCGUCUACGUGACCCAUGACCAGCAGGAAGCGAUGGUCAUGUCGGACCGCAUCGCCGUGCUGCGCGACGGCAUGAUCGAGCAGAUCGCGCCGCCCGAAGCCCUGUACGAAGAGCCGAAUCGCUCCUUCGUGGCGCGCUUCAUCGGCGAGAACAACCGUCUGCAUGGACGGGUGGCCGGGGUCCUCGGGGACCUGUGCGAGGUGGCCGUCGGCGACAAGGUCGUGCAGGCGCUGCGCGUGGUGGAUUGCGCACCGGGGGACCGAGUCACCCUGUCGUCCGCCCCGAGCGGUGGCGAUCCACCCGGUGGCUGCUUGUACACCAACGAAUUCGACGCGCUGAUCGAGCACAUAACCUUCGUGGGGAUCACUUGCGCAUUCGCAUGGAGACAUGCGGGCCGGCCGGACUUCAUCGCCAAGAUCCCCCAACGUGGUGGGGCAGGGGCCGUGUUGGAGGGCGACCAGAUUCCGGGUGGGAUGGACGCCGACCGAUUGCCGCGUGCUGGACUACGUCGCGGUCCGGAGGCCGAGGCGUGA